AUGCCCGGUGUUUUAAGGCUCCUCACCAGCCGUGUGGCCCCAGUCGUCCGCUCACAGACGGCCAACCUGGGCUCCAGGCCAGCUCAGGACAAGAUCGGCGUGGUUGAAACCACUUUUGCUCUUGGUAUGUUCUCCUUGGCAAUCCUGGGACCAUCUGGGUGGAUCCUGGCCCAUCUGGAGGACUACAGGAAGAAAGAGUAA